ACAGGAAGCAGCCUUUUACCUCUGUAGCGUGUUGACGUCACCGCAUCCAUCAGCGCGUGGGCCAUGUUUGAAGUUGUCGCUGUUGCGUGUCUUCUGGCGCGUGGAUCGGGUCAGGAUGAGCAGCGUGUGUAGAGAGGUCAUCACGCUGCAGCUCGGACAUUACUCUAACUUUGUGGGGACCCACUGGUGGAAUCUACAGGAUGCGGCGUUGUCUUACGAGCUCGAGUCGCCACCAGGUGAGAUCCAGAGUGAUGUGGUCUUUCGCGAAGGACAGACUCUGGGUGGACAUGUCACCUACACCCCUCGCCUUAUCGCCAUGGAUCUUAAAGGAAGCCUUCGGACGCUACGGCAGGAAGGACGUCUCUAUGAUGGUGAAGACACCUCUGCUGUCACCUGGGAGGGGGGGUUCAUGAUGCACAAAGAAAGUCCUCCAAAAAAGAACUCGUUCCUGGAAGACUUGGACCGUCUGGAUGAGGAGAUCCUGGCAGAGGUGGACUUUUCCUCCAACUCACAGUUGCAGCACUCGGGUAAGAAAACACCUUCUGCUCCUCUACCUGAGGCGAGUCACCAACCAGCUUCAGGAGCCGUGAGCGUGGAGACGGUCAACAGCCGUCUGACUCGGGUCCAGAAGAGCUACAGGUUGGAGGGCAGCGUGAAGGUGUGGUCAGACUUCCUGAGGAUCCACCUGCACCCUCGCACCAUCUCAGUCAUCCAGCAGUACAACCAUGAUGGCGAGGCUCACCGUUUGGAAGCUUUUGGUCAGGGCGAGUCUCUCCUGAAGGGGGCGCUGCUGGAGGAGCUGGAGGACAAACUGCACUUUUUUGUGGAGGAGUGUGAUUACCUUCAGGGUUUCCAGCUGCUCUGUGAUAUGGCUGACGGCUUUGCGGGCCUCGGGUCAAAGGUCACGGAGUUGCUGCAGGACUCCUAUGGGGGUAGAGGUGUUCUCACCUGGGGGGUGUGUCCUGUCAGCCGCCCUGAUUCCAGCCCACUGAAGAACCUGUACCACCUGCUGAACUGCACUCUGGGGGUGGUCCACAUGGCUGCUCACAGCUCACUGCUGUGCCCUUUGACCCUGCGGGGGGGGCUGGGCCGGCAGCCCCGCCCCCCACCUGAGUUCCCACACCUCUCCUAUGAUCCCUCUCUGUGGUACCACUCCAGCGCCGUCCUGGCUCUAGCCCUGGACGCCCUGACCGUGCCGUACAGGCUGAGGAACAACAGCGUCCCCUUGUGGCAGAUGGCGGACUCGCUGGCCUCCGGCGGGAGGACGGUUGCGGCUGCUUAUGGUGCCGUCCCAUUUCCCAUGAUGCACGGCAGUGGACUGCCCGAUGCCCUGAGCGCCUGUGCUGAAGCAUUGCCAUGGAAACCUCUGUCAGCUUGCCCUGAAGCAGGCGGCGGUCGCCGCUAUGGACAGUGGGUUACGCUGAGAGGCUUGGAGAGCCAGGGACUCGGCAGCAGCUGUUUGCCUGCUGGGAUCGAACCACCGACCCCUCUGCACCGCCUGUGCUGCGGCGAGGAUGUCCUGACAGCCUACAUGUCGUCUUUCUACCCGUCGUCUCCUCUGGCGCUGCAGCUGGUGGCCACUCCCAGUAAAGUGACUCCGCCCUUUCCUCAGAUCUUCAGCUCGUCGCUCAGCUCUCAGGGCUUCCUGCAGAGUGAAGCGCCUCCCCCUGGCGUGCCGACCGUCUCCGUCCCCGUCAUGGCGUCACUGCAGUCAGGACCCGCCCUCGAGCCCUGGCUCGCCGAGCUGCAUCGAGCCGCCAGCGCCAUCGACGUCCGCCGCUUGGCGCCCAGCUUCCUGUCCCAGGGGCCUGAGAUGAUUGAUUACCAGGAAGCCUUGGAGCAGCUGCAUCUCCUGGCACGGCGUUACCGUGACGACAGCAGCGGUGUGAUGCGCUCUUCUUCUGACGAAGAGGAGGAUGACUGAAGGUGGUAUGCUGGAUCGUGAAGGACCAGUCGUCAACCAGAACCAGAACCGGGUUCUGGGUCAGAGUGGAGGCUGAACUAAAGACACUUGUUGGUAUAUAUUUAUAAAGGCUUGAGUCGGACACAGGUGGGACAACCGCAUGGCCACACUCUUCCUGAUUUGUUAAUAAAACAAACAGUUCUGUUUCCGUGA